AUGAACCUAGCUAAGCGACGAAUUAUUACUAAGAAUGUUUGCCCAAAUUGCACCAGAUUUCCAGAAUCGGUCGUACACGCCUUGUGGAACUAUGAUGCUGCUCAGGAUGUAUGGGCUGGGAUCAUAAAAAAAUUGCAGAAAUGCUCGCAUGGACAGGCUGAUAUGAUUAAGCUUAUGGAGUAUUUACUGGAUCGGCUUGCACUGGAGGAUGUGGAACUGUUCUUGGUCCAAGCUUGGAUCAUCUGGAACCAGCAAAAUAGAUUGCUGCAUAGGGGAAAAUUUCAUGAUCCAAACUGCCUGAAUAAGAGAGUUGCAAAUUUCCUAGAGGAGUAUCGGUGUACACAGGUUCAACUGGCUGCAAGUCCGGUUGUGCAGUCAAGCAGGGAUGUUUGGAAACCUCUUCCCCAAUCGGUUUUCAAGUUGAAUUUAGAUGCAGCCAUUUUCAUGGAGUCGGACAGGUCUGGGUUUGGCAUGAUUAUUCGAAACGAUAAGGGGGAAGUGAUGGCAGCCAUGUCUGCCAAAGGUCCAGCAGUGAGCAGCAGUGAUGAAGCUGAGAUGCUAGCCUGCAGAAAAGCAAUUGAAUUUGCAGCGGAUGCUGGGUUUUCAGAACUAGUCAUUGAAGGGGAUAAUGCUAAUGUUAUAAAAGCUAUUUCAUCUUCAAUAGCUAAUCUGUCAUUGAUAGGGAAUGUGAUAGAAGAUAUUCAUCAUUUGAUCCAUGGUCCGCACUAG